AUGAAUCAUCAACGUCCCAGCUCUUCGUCCUCCAAUUCCUCUACUUCUUCGAGCCCUUCAACCCAAAAUGAUCUCAAAUUUGCUGAAGUGCUGCUUGUCCACAUCCCUCCGCCCGUUCCAAAUCCCAAAUUCGAGGCUCUCCCGCCAAGAAAAAUCUUUUCGCAACGAAGAGCGAGAUAUCCGGAAGAAGUGGACAGAGAUGAUUAUUAUGUGGAUGCAAUGCUGAGGUUGCUGGAAAAUGCGGGCAAAAUCGAUGAGAACUUUGCAAUCCGCAAUUAUCAGGUGAGAUUUUUUUUUGAAAAAGAGAUAUUCAUAUUUUCAUAAAGUGCAUGGACAUUUUUCGCUUUCGCACAGUGCAUUUUGAAAUUUCCCCACGCUUGUCGCCAUUGAACAGUGCAUUUUUCUUUCUUCGCACCGUGAAAUCUCAAAAAAAGCGAAAAAAGUCGCAGUUUAUGAAAAUCCGAGUCCGUCGGGAAAAUAAUGUGGAUUUGUCGCAGCAAAAUCUCUGGUCGCAAUCGCUCACAAAGUCUCCAGCGGCGUCGCAAAGAGAUAGUGGGCGAUUCCAAGGGGCGACAAGUCCACAUUAUUUUCCCGACAGACUGAUACUACGACGUAUAUAAUUUAAAUUUUUUUGGAAUUAUUUUAUUAUAUUUAUUAUAUUUACUAAAAACAACUAUUUUAGGAGCAAUCUCGAGCUUAUCCCCAGCCCAAGAAAGGUGUGAAGCGAGGACAUUGCGGUGAAACUCAUUCUACCGAGCCAGUGAAGCGACAGAAAAUUGUGUGGUGCUGA